CGCCCGGGGACGCCCACUCGCGAGUCGGGGCGGCAGACCGGCCCGCGCCCCCCGCAGCCGCUCGGCUCCGCUCGACCCAACCGGUGUCGGCCCCGCAGCCGCUCGGCGCUCCUCGGGCCUCCGGAGGCCAGGGACCAGCCCCGGGCCGCGGUGCCGCGCCGCCGCCGGCCUGAGCGUGCGAGCCACCCGAGACCGGGCCCAGCCGGAGCCGCCCUGCGCCCGCCCGAGGCGCGGCUGCUCGCCCCCGCCCGCUCGCCCGCCUCUCCCCGGCGGUGCGAGGAAUGAGCCGGCGCCGGCCCCGGGCUGUCGGUCCGAGGGCCGAGGCCCGGUUAUCUCGCACGCCGCCGAGGCGCAGGGACUCGGCUCCCGCGGCUGGGCUCGGCCGGGAAGCGGGCGGCGGGGCUCGCUGAGGAGGAGGAGGGAGGAGGAGGAGCCGGGCGGGGGCGGCCGCUCGGCAGAGGAGGAAGUUCCGCUCCUGACAGAGCGCGCGGCGGCGCGGGCGCUGAGGUGUUCGGGACGCCGUCGUCCUCGCGGCCCCGGCUGAGCCUCUCGCUGCUGCUCCGCCCGGCACCGCUGCUCGGAAACCGCGGAGAGAUUGAGGAGCGGCGGAGCGGAGGCUCCGGACGCGAUCGAGUGGACCGACCUGCUGCAAGUCAGCGUGUCGCCGGGCGCCCGCUGGGACGGCCGGCCGGCCGCCUCCAAGCAUUGAGCUGGGGCGCGGGCAUGGCAGAACCCACCUUGCAGCUUCUCUGCAGUGUCGCUCGCCCGAUCCACUCCCGGGAAUGAAGAGGAGACUCGCGAUCAGCCGGUGAGGCACUGAGAGCCAGAUGGCGAGAGGAUCUUACCGGACAGAAACCAGCGAUCACUUGGGAGGUCACCCGGGCUUCUGGAUGUUAUCAGAGAGCGUGAAAGAGGUGGCCUCGUAAAGAAAAAGAAAAAGAAAAAAAGAAAAAGAAAAAAAAGCACAACAAUCCUUUGAGAGGAGGGGGAAUUGAGUUUAUCCGUUUUUGCCAAGGUUUUGAUAAACGGUUCGAUGUCUUGUACGUUUGAUAUAAGAUGAGAACUUUCUAAAGUAUUCCGUCCAAGAGCCUAAGGAUGACUACCCCAGCGCUGCUGCCCCUGUCUGGUCGUAGGAUACCGCCUCUGAACCUGGGGCCGCCCUCCUUCCCACACCACCGGGCUACCUUGAGACUCUCCGAGAAGUUUAUCCUUCUCCUUAUUCUUAGUGCCUUCAUCACCCUGUGUUUUGGGGCAUUCUUCUUCCUUCCAGACUCUUCCAAACACAAACGCUUUGAUCUGGGCUUAGAAGAUGUGCUAAUUCCUCACGUAGAUGCCGGCAAAGGGGCUAAAAACCCCGGAGCCUUCCUGAUCCAUGGACCCGACGAACACAGACACAGGGAAGAAGAAGAGCGUCUGAGAAAUAAGAUCAGAGCUGAUCACGAGAAGGCCCUGGAAGAAGCAAAAGAAAAAUUAAGAAAGUCAAGAGAGGAAAUCCAUGCAGAAAUUCAAACAGAGAAAAGUAAAGUAGCCCAAGCGAUGAAGAUAAAGGAGACCAGGGUACUGCCACCUGUCCCUGUCCCACAGCGUGUGGGGGUCAGUGGUGGAGACCCCGAAGACACUGAGAUAAGGAAGAAAAGAGAAAAAAUUAAAGAGAUGAUGAAGCAUGCCUGGGAUAAUUACAGAACAUACGGAUGGGGACAUAAUGAGCUCAGACCUAUUGCAAGGAAAGGGCACUCCACUAACAUAUUUGGAAGCUCACAGAUGGGUGCCACCAUAGUGGAUGCGUUGGAUACCCUUUAUAUCAUGGGACUUCAUGAUGAAUUCAUGGAUGGGCAAAGAUGGAUUGAAGACAACCUUGAUUUCAGUGUGAAUUCAGAGGUGUCUGUGUUUGAAGUUAACAUUCGGUUUAUCGGAGGUCUCCUUGCCGCAUAUUACCUGUCAGGAGAGGAGAUAUUCAAGACUAAAGCAGUGCAGUUGGCUGAGAAGCUCCUUCCUGCCUUUAAUACACCUACUGGCAUUCCCUGGGCAAUGGUCAAUCUGAAAAGUGGAGUAGGUCGGAACUGGGGCUGGGCGUCUGCAGGUAGCAGCAUUCUGGCUGAAUUUGGCACACUGCAUAUGGAGUUUGUCCACCUCAGCUACCUGACUGGUGACUUGAUUUACUACAAAAAGGUCAUGCACAUUCGGAAACUACUCCAGAAAAUGGAACGCCCAAAUGGUCUUUAUCCAAAUUAUUUAAACCCACGUACAGGGCGCUGGGGUCAGUAUCACACAUCGGUUGGUGGUUUGGGAGAUAGUUUUUAUGAAUACUUACUGAAAGCAUGGCUGAUGUCAGAUAAGACAGACCAUGAGGCAAGAAGGAUGUAUGAUGAUGCUGUUGAGGCUAUAGAAAAACAUCUUAUCAAGAAAUCCCGAGGAGGUCUUGUCUUCAUUGGAGAAUGGAAGAAUGGACACUUGGAAAGGAAGAUGGGGCACUUGGCCUGCUUUGCUGGGGGAAUGUUUGCACUUGGAGCAGAUGGUUCCAGGAAGGACAAAGCUGGCCACUAUCUAGAACUAGGGGCAGAAAUUGCACGAACAUGUCAUGAGUCAUAUGACAGAACUGCGUUAAAACUAGGUCCUGAGUCCUUCAAGUUUGAUGGUGCAGUAGAAGCUGUGGCUGUGCGGCAAGCUGAGAAGUAUUACAUCCUCCGUCCAGAAGUAAUCGAAACCUAUUGGUAUCUGUGGCGUUUCACCCACGACCCAAGAUACAGGCAGUGGGGCUGGGAAGCAGCACUGGCUAUUGAAAAGUAUUGCCGAGUCAGUGGUGGGUUUUCCGGAGUCAAGGAUGUGUACUCCCUCACUCCGACACACGAUGACGUGCAGCAGAGCUUCUUUCUUGCUGAGACAUUAAAAUACUUGUACCUACUGUUCUCUGGCGAUGACCUUCUACCUUUAGACCACUGGGUGUUUAACACAGAGGCUCACCCUCUGCCCGUGUUACGUUUAGCCAACAGCACUCUUUCAGUAAAUAAUGGGACACACUGGAGUGAACAAGAACAAAGGAACAGUGUAAUUACAUCGGUAGAAGAAGACUUGGAGAAGAAACAGAUACUGUCCCUGUCUGAAUAGUCAAGCUCCCCAUUGGAUUUUUACUGGACUGGUAACCAUUUCAUUCCCAACAUAGUUCAUUGAAAUCUGUUUAGAUUUAGUUUUUCUCUGGGGGGCAUAACCUCAUGAAGAAUACUUUUCAAGUCUCUUGUCUCCAUAUGGUAUGCUGAAACUGGUAUUUAUCAUAACUGCUGCUUAUGAGCCCGAGUGUGGGAGUGUGCAUGUAGCUCACGCUAGUAUGGGUAGCAUGCAGAAGGUGGGGAAGGUGCCAGUUUGUUGCCUUGAAACCUGUUCUCAAGAAUCCUUGAUAUUGUUGGUAGGAAAUUAUUCUUCUGAACCAGCAAGUCUAUCAAGCAAAGAAACCUGCUUUAAUCACGUACCGCAGUUAGUAGAGUUGUUCACCUCACAGCUUUCUGUGACUUGGCAGAAUUCACUCUAACUGUCAUGCACUCUGCCUUUGCUAGAACAAGCUGAGUCGCUUUCACAACGCACUAAAGCAGAAGCAGACAUCUCAACUUCCCUCAGUUACCUCACAUGUGUGAGCUACUCACAAAGAUUUUAUGUUUUUAAGUUUCUCCAAGAAUAUUAUAUAUCCAAAGAACUAAUAGAAUAGUUUCAAAAUAAUCUCCAGUGGCAAAUGUGUGAUAUAAUUAAUCAUACUCACUAAAACUGUCAUAAACCUAAGGAACUUACAGAUAUUGUGGGUUUUUUGUUGUUAUUGCUUAAUACUUUGGCAAAAAAAGUAAAAUUUUAUCAAAAACUAUAAGGUUAAUAUUAAUGCUUAUAAAAUUUUUGUCCCCUGAAUUUCUAUGACAAUACAAGACACUCUCCCUCCUUUUCAUUUUAGUACAGACAUCAUUUUUUGAUGAUAAUAGAACUUGAGAACACUAUAAUCUAAUAUUUGCUCUGAUUUUGAAUAUUUGAUGGAACAGUUUGUUCAUGAGCUCUGCUUUGGAAUUUUGAAAGCUUAUUUCCUUGGUUGGUAGCUUUUCUUUUUAGCUCUCUACUAGCAUAUAGCAGACUGAAAUUGUGGGAAAAGUCAAUAUAAUCAGACAUAUAAGGGUGACCGUCUUACACUGUAAGUCAUCUGGUCGUCAGAGUUCAGCCAGUGCUGCAUACGCUUGCCCCCUCACACCUGUUCAGUAUUCAUAGAGGACAACAUGGAGAGAGCGAGUUCUAGCACAUUUCAAAAUUGUGAUAUCUUUUCCUGCUUGAAAUUUUUAAAGUGUAAAUGAGAAAGGUAGAUCGCCAUUACUCUAAAGAGAAAGAGAAGGUUUUGGUUCUCAGAAGAGAAAAAAGUGAGCCUUCUGAAAACAGCACAAGUCCACUCACAAGUCAAGAUAAAGUGAAAAGCUGGAGGUGGCAGAGACCAGAGCAGCAAGCAGGGCACCAACCGUCUUUCACUUUGUUCACGUCAGUGCAGUGAAGGCGCCAUCUUGGUUCCCCAGGAAUUCUCAGAGGAGACAAAACAGCAUCUCCCACCCCCACCCAGUGCUCUUGUCGUUCACAUGAGCCUAAAGCAUAAGAGAAGGCGUGGGUGUGAGCAGGGCAUGGUUCGUGUGAAGAUCUGAAGAUUGUCAUUUUAACACCCCGACUUUGUGAUGAGAACUCGAGCUUACGACAAUGCUUUUUCUUCUCUGAAUACCAAAGGCAUUAAAGUCAGGUGUAAAUGACUUGCCAGUGUCAUGUUGUAUUUUGUUAAUGGAUUUUAAAGAUAUUUUUCCAAAAUCUAGCAUUAUCCCAUAUUUUGCUUACUUUCUUGCUUACUUUUUAAAUGUGUGUCUUCUUCCAUCCUUCAUACCCUUGACAUUUUGUAGACCUCAAUACUCAGGCCCCAUACUCAUUGUGUUUAUAAAAUUGGAAAGGAAUCCAGCAAUGCUCACUCACUAGUGCCUCGAUGCUUCACCCUCUGCUUUGGGCACGAUCGUGCAGAAUAGACAAUACAUAAAAAUGGGGAUUGUUUAACACCUCUAACUUCCAUAUUUAUUGCUCAUUUUAGAAUCACAUCUUUUGAUUCAAAGCAGAUUUUUAGAAAAUUAAUGAGCCACUGUGAAGUUAUUAAAACUAAGAAUGAGCCCUUGAAGAAGCCUCGGUACAGACGAGUCCUGAGCUGGAGGCGCUGUCUCUCAGGUGGGCUGUGCACGGUGUGCUCCUCUAAGCACCAGUUCCUGUCUUUUGACUGGUGUGUGGGUGUAAAGAAAGCCUAGGUAUCGAAGGAGUGCACUGUUUCUGCAGAAUUUUGGCCCUGAUGUCCUCUAGGAUGCCAAGGCUUCCCUUGGCAGGUUUCAAUCAAGCAGUUUGAAAUCUUGAUUCCCAGCUUCUCCUCUUUUCCACUCUUCAUCGCCAAAGUCUUUGUCAGACUCCAGAUUUAUUAAUAAAAGCUUGCGCUUGCCCUACUGGUUAUGAUGCAGACUCCCCGUAAGCCAGAGUCUCUGAAUGAGUGCAUGAGAGAGUGAGUGGGCAGACAGCUGUGGAACAUUGCAUCCGUGCCAAGCUCUGUGCCUGGCACCAUUCAAGCCUUAGAGCACGACACGUGAUUCCAAUGGCAUUUUCUGUAUGACAGUGGUUCAUAUCAUUUUAAGUGUUUUCCAAAAUGGAUCAUGUUAAGAAAUUCUUAAUUUUAUAUUUCAUUUAAAUUAAAGAGAAAGAUAAAGGUUUAUAAUAUAUUUUAAACACUGUUACUAUAUAAUACUAACAACUAUAAUUGUAGUUAAUAACUAAAGUCUCUUGGAAAUGUCAAAGAAAUAUUUGAUUUCUGAUGCGUCUUUGACUAAAAUAUUUACUUCAGAAAUAAAAACAGUCUUAUUUUGUUAUCACUUUAAUUACAUUAUUAAAGUCAAUAUUUUAUAGACGUGCGCGUUAUUUUAUAUUUAAAAAAAUUUGUUCCCUAAUCCAUGGGUUUAGCUUGCAGUGGUAAAUUGUCUUUUCUCUAGCACACUUCCUACUAUGGUAGCACCUGUAUUUCUUACCUAUAAAGUAAAACCUAUUAAAAUGUCUCAAAUGCCAGUUACUAGAGGCUAAUAGCUGUAGCUUCAGGUUCCUCCUGUUCUCUGGGUUCUUUACCCUGGAAUUGGCCAGUCCUGCCUUGUGUAGUCUGCAUAACUGUGUAUAUACAGUUAUACACAGACCCAGAAUGCUAUCUGCCCACUGUAGGCAGCUGAUGACUGCUUUAGGCCACACAACUUGCAGAGGAUUGAAGGAAUCCCAUCUGACUAUUGUGAUUGACUCGUGGUUUAGGGACCCUGGAAAGCAUGCUUCCGUUCUUCAGCUCAUCCCAACCCUCACAGAGGUGGUCUUCUCACUCUUCCUGGAUCAGACACAGUAAGCUUCUUAAGGACUGCGCCAUCUAGCUCUCUUACUAUUCACUCCUGCUGUUACAGCUGUAGAUAGUAUGCAAACAGGUGCAGCCGUGAUGCAGUAGGCCUUCAUUUAAAAAACUAGAUGGAGGUCUGGAUUUGACCUGAAUGUCACAGCUGCUGACCUGAUCCCAAGUUUAUUUUGUAUAAGACCCUCUAACUUUUAACCUACACCUUUUCUCUGUUUUUUUAUUUGUUUAAUUCACUUUAAAGCAGAAAGAUGUAUGUAUGUACAAUUGUAUGUAUCUAUGUUACCUAAAGGUGUAUAUUUUGUUAUCUUGAAAGUAGAUAUAUUUUUCAGGGUCUCUUUGGGUUUUAGGAUAAUGAUUGUCAUGAAAGAGGCAGAAUGGAAGGGUUAGGCUCUCGUUUCCUGUCUUCAUCUUGUCAUUCAGUGUCGUAAUUGCAGACUGCUCAUGAGAAAAAAAAAUCUGUAUGGCAUCAAAAUAUUGCUUUCUAACUUUACAGCAACUGACUCUUGGACCACGACCCUGGGAUGUUGGGGCAUAGCCGCUCUGUUCUCUUAGAGCUUUCAGAUGAGAACUUAAUAGGAUUCUGGAUCUUGGUGCUGCAGAAAGCAAUCUUGAAGAACUAUGAACAACACAGAAUGGGUUGUGUGCCCAGUUCACCCCUUGGCACAGCUGCUGCUAGUCUGUAGGGUACGUACACUGUUGCCCCUAGAACAGCUUAAGUCUGAGUGAAGAUACAUACCCAGAGGCAUGUCCCUUCCUCCUUCGUUUCGUAGCUCUCCACAUACCCUCACAAGUAUGUCAGUGUGCAUCGUUUGCCAAUCAAAGCAUCCUUCAUCUUCAGCUUUACACUGGCACUGUUACCACCUCAGUCAGCAGCUGUAGGCCGCGUGAAACUUAGGCGGUAUCAUCUUGCUAGCAUAUAUGUUGUAGUGUACCAGUUCUGACAGGCAGUACACUUUUCAUGAUGUUUAUCAAGCAUGCCACUAUUUUUGGAAAUGAAACCUGUGUUCAGAACAAAGGGACAGAGAGAGCUCUUUCUUGGCACGAAUGAACUGCCUUUCUAGGCCCUGCCUCCUCAGAGGUCUCUUCAGCUUAGUGUGCACCUAAGCUUUGGUUCUCCAAGUAUAUCAGAGCACAUGUGCAGAGGAACACGUGAGGCGAACACCUUGCAGUGACUUGCAUGCUUACAGAAAACCAUGAAAAGCAGAUCUCUUUAUUGACAGAAACGCUCGUUUUUGCUGGGUUAAUGGACUACAGUGUCCCCAAGUAUAAUUAUGUUGGUUUGGAAGAUGAAACGCCAUUCCUUACCCUCACUGACCUCAAAUACACUGAUGAUUUUCCCCUAAACUAAGAAGUGGGUAAGUAUAGCCUAUGUUGUUACCCACUGGCUGCUCCUGAACUGGUUUCCAGUCCUGUCCUCCAUAAUGUGAUUUUUUUUAUAUAAAUCAAAGGUAAUAUUGUAUAUUGGAGAUCAAAUAAAGAUGUUCUUUAAGUGAAAA